AUGGUGGACAAGGCAACCACCAAGCAGAGCCCCACGGUCAAAGGUGGAGCCUCUGCUGCGGACAUGGCCGCUCGCCCAUUUCAGUGCGAAUGGCAUGAAGGUUGCCCCAAAAGUUUCAAUCGCAAAUCCGAUCUCCAACGCCAUUACCGAAUACAUACCAAUGAACGCCCCUACGCUUGCGACUACAAACCUUGCAGCAAGACAUUCAUUCAGCGCAGCGCCUUGACCGUCCACCGCCGUACCCAUACUGGUGAUAAGCCCCAUAAGUGCCCAUUCACGGGUUGUGGAAAGUGUUUCUCAGACUCUUCGAGUCUGGCCAGACAUCGCCGUAUACAUACCAAUGACAAGCCCUAUAUUUGCAGAAACCAGCGCUGCAAGAAAGCUUUCUGCCGAAAAACCACCAUGACAAAACACAUCCGAAAAGAACAUCCCGCAGAACCCAUCCAUGAGGAUCAGGAUGCUGAAUAUUCGGAUGAGGACGCCUCAGAAGAAGAAGAGCUCGAAGAAGAUACUGAGGAAGGCAAGGAAGAUUCUCAGCUUCCUUAUCAAGAGCCGGCGGACCUCGAUCAAAGGAAUCAAUCGGUUGGGGCACCGAGCCACUACAACAGAAGUCUUUGGCGUCUGCCGGGAGAAACGGUCCAACGCCCAAGUCCUCUCCGGCUACAAAGGCCAAUCCCACGCUCGGAAGCCCCAAUCAUCCAUGAGAUCAAGCUUGAGCGCUCCUGCUCUUCCACCCCGCAAAGAUCCUUGACCGACCCCUAUCCCACCGGACCAAUGCAUUCUUCCGAGUACUCACCCGUCAGAGCGGACACAAUGCCUGACGGCUUACCCCAAGCGCCCGCAAGCGCUGGUGUGCCUCCCCAGUAUCAGCUGGGAAAUAACAGCAACAUGGGCAUUUGGAGUCCACAGUCGCUGCAGGACAGUCCCACUAGUCUAACGCAUUCAUCUCCGAGCUCUGCCAGUACUCAGUCCCAUUCGCUGUUCGCAUCGCAGUCCUAUCAGCAGUUUCAGCAAGUUAGCAUACCUGAGCCAAUGUCGUAUCCGGACCAUCAAGAAACCGUUCAGAACUUAGAACAGUUGAAACUCGGGCAGUCCCAGCUGCACCAAUACGGGGCCCUUCAACAGAACGUGUCUCAGCAAGACGCAUACACUGGCAUGUCUCGAGAAGCUUCUCAAAACCAUGCAUACAAUGGUACACAAGCUCAAAGCGUCGCUCAGCACUAUCAGAGUGACAUGCCACCAACACCAGCACCGACUCAAUCGAUGCCCCAGUACACAGCGCCCAUACAAGAGGUGCCUUAUCAAGCACCUCAAUUCCUCCCUCCAGACAAUUACCCUAUCGGCAACCAAUACUUUUCACCCCACAUUAACGGCCUGUACCAAUACAAUGACGGGAUGGACUGGUGGAAAGAAGAGGUCAAGCCAGAAGAUUACUGGACGCUCAUGCCAAGUCAACGAAUGCAGGGCAACGACUGGCCUUCAUGA